AUGGCGGACAGACACGGCCUGGGUGAAGCAGGGACUGCUGCAGCCUCUGCUCCGGCACCUGCUCCCGGCCCGAGCCCGCCGCUCGGCUGGAGGGAGCGGCUGCGGGCCGGGCUGGCGGGCGCUGGGGCCUCGCUGUGGCUCGUGGCGGGGCUGGGUCUGCUUUACGCUCUGAGGGUCCCGCUGAGGCUGUGUGAGCACUUGGCAGCGGUGACUGUAUUUUUAAAUUCCUUGACACCAAAAUUCUAUGUGGCACUUACAGGGACAUCAUCUUUGAUAUCAGGACUAAUAUUUAUAUUCGAAUGGUGGUACUUCCAUAAACAUGGCACAUCUUUUAUCGAGCAAGUAUCUGUAAGCCAUUUGCGACCACUGAUGGGAGGAACAGAGAGCAGCAUUUCAGAGCCAGGCUCACCAUUGAGCAACAGAGGAGGUGAAAACAGCAGACAGAAUUUGUCAGAAUGCACGGUAUGGAGAAACCCUUUAAACCUUUUCAGAGGAGCAGAAUAUAAGAGGUACACUUGGGUGACUGGUAAAGAGCCACUCACAUACUGUGAUAUGAACUUGUCUGCUCAGGACCAUCAGACCUUUUUUACUUGUGACACAGACUUUUUACGCCCUUCAGACGCAGUUAUGCAGAAGGCAUGGAGGGAACGAGAUCCUCCAGCUCGAAUCAAAGCAGCCUAUCAAGCUUUAGAAUUAAACAAUGACUGUGCCACUGCAUACGUCCUACUGGCUGAGGAAGAAGCAACAACUAUUGUAGACGCUGAGAGGCUAUUUAAACAGGCCCUCAAGGCAGGAGUAACAAUUUAUAAGCGAUCACAGCAGCGCAAGCACCAAAGUCCUCAGCAUGCAGCACAACUGAGAAGAGAUGCCAAUGUACUACUAUACAUUAAAAGAAGGUUGGCAAUGUGUGCAAGAAGAUUAGGUAGAAUAAGAGAAGCAGUAAAAAUAAUGAGAGAUUUGAUGAAAGAAUUUCCUCCUUUUACCAUGUUGAACAUCCAUGAGAAUCUCUUAGAAUCCCUUUUAGAGCUGCAGGCCUACGCAGAUGUUCAGGCAGUUCUAGCAAAAUAUGAUGAUAUAAGCCUUCCCAAGUCAGCAGCUAUCUGUUAUACAGCAGCACUGUUGAAGACAAGAACUGUUUCAGAUAAAUUCUCUCCAGAAACAGCCUCCAGAAGAGGGUUAAGCACAGCAGAAAUUAAUGCCGUGGAAGCAAUUCACAGAGCUGUGGAAUUUAACCCUCAUGUUCCAAAAUAUUUACUAGAAAUGAAAAGUCUAAUUUUACCUCCGGAACACAUUCUAAAACGUGGUGAUAGUGAAGCAAUCGCCUAUGCUUUCUUUCAUCUUCAGCACUGGAAGAGAAUAGAAGGUGCCCUUAAUCUGUUACAGUGUACCUGGGAAGGCACUUUUAGAAUGAUUCCCUAUCCUCUAGAGAAAGGUCAUCUAUUUUACCCUUACCCCAGCUACACAGAGAUUGCUGAUAGAGAACUAUUACCUACUUUUCAUCAUGUUUCUGUUUACCCAAAGAAAGAGCUUCCUUUCUUCAUCCAUUUCACAGCAGGACUAUGUUCUUCAACAGCAAUGAUAGCCCUGCUCACACACCGGUUUCCUGAGAUCUUGGGUGUUUUAGCUAAAGCUAGUGGACGCCAGUUGUCUAAAGCCAAUCGGAAUGCAGAGGCAAGCGAAGGACUCGGAAGAUAAAUGAAUUGCUUGGCCAUCGUUCUGUCUCGGGGCCACAGAGCCUCUGCAGUGGGGCCCAGAUGGACCGCCUUUCUCCUGUUAGCCACCUCGCUUACCAAACUUCCCACCCUCUGGACAGCUUGUUCUUCUCUUAACAAUUUAAAGGACAUUGCCAAACUUGGGUCUUUGUGAGCAAGAAUGGGAGCCCAAGGAAAAGCCGAGCAGUGUGAGGCACAGAAGAGGCCCACUUCCUUCCACGGGAUGAGACCCACACAGCCCAGAAGCAAUCACAGAACACAGGUCGAGUCAGGCUGACUUCCUGUGGAAAGCCUGUGUCUUCAGUGAGCGGUAGUGAGCUGUGUAUUUUUAUAGGAGCAGGAGAUGCCGGGCAUCUGAGGCUCUUCCCAGUGACUUGGCAUACGAAGUAACACCUCAUUAAGGCCUGUUUUGAGUGCAGACGGAGUGAGAGCCUCAUAGCCCCACCACCCUAAAUCUCAGCUCCUUUUAAUUCCAGCUCAAGAUGUGAGAAACUCUUCUCUUCUCUUCCCGCCCCAGGCUCCCCUCCCCAAUGCUACCAUGGGCUCAUCAGUUAUCCAGUUGACUCCACUACUAUGCAGGGGAGACAUUCCCCCAGCCUGACUCACUCAGUCCCCUUUCUCCACAGGAAUCCCCUCACCACAGACCACAAGAGCCCUGACUAGCUCAUGUUUUGUGUUAAUGGAUGUGAAAUUGGAGCAAACCCCCUCACCAACAGAAAAACCACCUUAAACUCUCCCACACAGGUCUCAACAGGUUACACAAAUAUUAGUCCUAUCAUCCAAAUAAAUCUGCCCCUGUGGCUCAGAGCUGGAGCUCCCCCGUCCUCCGGCUGCCUGUGCAAAGUGAAGCUGCUCCACAGACAUGUGAGGACCCCUGGGGAAAGGGAAAGGAAAGUGGGGCCUAUAUGCAGAACUUCUUCUACAGACAGCCUUCAGUGCCUUAUCGCCCGGAGCUGACGGUUCCUGGUGAGAUCAGGCUGCACCAGGCCUUAGGGGCUUAGGUGGAAGGAUCCUUGGACUGUAGUUCGGGCCUAAGUGAAACUCAAUGCAGUGCUAAGCCCUUUCUCUCAUUUAACAGAUGAGAAAACAAAGGCUCAGAAUUUAGCUUGUUUAAAAUAUUAAAAAACAUGAAAUGGCACCACCAGGUCUGUCUUAAGUACAAAGCUCUGGACCACUCUGCUCCUUUUUAAGAUCAGCAGGCAAGAGACAAGCACUGCCGAAGACACACAAAGAUACAGAGAUCCAGGUUUGGGGGACUCUACAUUCUAGCCUCUGGCUUACUAAGCCGGCCACCUCCUCCCCUGCAAACCCAGAUAAGCAGUGGGUAGAAGGAACCCCACCACUACGUGGGUCCAGAGUGGAGUGGACAUUAAAAAACUUGGAGAGUCAUUAGAUAAAGAUUUGUUGAAUAAACAGGGGAAGGCUGUUCACCACUUUGACCACACGCCCCGGAUCUCCUCCUCUAGAGCGCCACGGCCUCCUCUCCCAAAGACUCCCUGCCGCCGAGCCCCUUGCCUCCCUGGGCACACAAGUGCCUCCGGUGGGCCCGUGCACCCACUCCCACCCUCCAUGAGUCUCAGAGCUUUCCCACAGUGUUUUCCAAACCUGGCCGGUCACCAGACUCGCCCAUGAAAAGUAAAAAAAAUAAAGAUCCCAGGGCCUACCAAAUUCCUACCUCCCAGGGCAUUCUAAUGACCGGUUAGCUGGAGAACCACAGCAUGCUGCCUCGUGUUGGAACAGGCAGCAAGUGAGCAAAGGGGGCAGUGCUGUCCGAUACAGGUUGGA